UCUUAAACAUUAGUGUCAUGGAUAUGUUUUAUAUAUAAUAUGGCCCAGGUCACUUUAUUCUGCUGCAUCAUACAAAACCUGCUGCUUCAUACAAAAAGACGGUGAAGCGAAUUUGAAUAACUUAUGUUUCCGAAUAAUCUAUUGAGAAGAUUUUUUGUAGCUUGAAGGUAUAGUUAAAUACACAUGAUAAGGUUAAACAAAAGUAUGAAUUGCAGUGUUUGUAUUACAUAUGAAUGCCGGCUAUAAAUCCAUGUUUUUUUGUGCGGAAUGUAAGGCAAUUUAAAACAGCAUUACAGUUUCUUUAUUUGUAUACAUAGGAUUAUAAAAUAUUUUAAGGAUAUAAUAUUAAAUAAAAUACAUUAAACUAUAUCAUGUAUACGAACGAAUACAAUGGAAUAUCAUUUAUACUAUGGUAGGGUAUUUCAAAAGCUCCCAUUUUCUAUUCUGUUUCAGUGUUGCAGAUUUAUGUUUAUAUGUUUACAUACAUUUUGAUAAAACCAGGUUCAGGUUAAGUGGAGAUUUACUGUUAAGUCUACCCUCAACAAUGUGGAUUUUUUGAAUGUGAAUUUAUUGCUGUUUCAGAAACAACGUCUCAUACGUAAUUCAGUCUCAAACCUUUUAUGUUCAUGAAUAACUCAGUACGUGGCUUUCUUUAUCCAGUUAUAUUUCCUUAAUGUUUUCUUUCUGUUCCCCGGAUGUAGAUCUCUUCCGGCCACUAUGCGCAGUCUGGCGAGUAUGAUGAAGCUGGGGAAGCAGAGGCCGCCACCGGAAGAGGACGAACGGAAAUCUCUUAAGGACUCCGACCAGCUGGAGUACGGUUCGACUCAAACUCUUAAUAUGAGGGGUGGUGAAAAUGUGUUCAUGACUGGUUCAUCGGACGAAGAAGAUCGAAUGCUCAGACCAUAUGACGAAUGUAGCUCAGACAUUGCGGCUCCUUAUUCCAUCAACACACCGGUCGUGCUCAAGAAAUGGGCAUCGUCUGCGAGGCAGAGAUCAGAUAAAGAAUCGCCGGCAGCCCUCAAAGCUCAAGAUUUCCAGGUGUGCGUAACUGUUAUAGAAGCUCGUCACUUGGCUGGCCUCAAUAUGGAUCCUGUAGUUUGUGUGCAGGUAGGAGAACAGAAGAAAUACACCAGCGUUAAGGAAUCCACCAACUGCCCAUAUUAUAAUGAGUACUUUGUAUUUGACUUCCACAUGGCACCUAUGAUGUUUUUUGACAAAAUAAUUAGCUUAACGGUUUUACACUCUCGGAACAUCAUUAGGUCAGGUAAAGUGAUCGGGACGUUCAAACUGGAUGUUGGAACAGUUUUUGCACAGAAUG